AUGCCAACUGCCUCAAACAGCGUGCCCAGUGUGUCCUGGAAUGUGGCUCUUUUGGCACAGUUCCCAGGCGCACACCGAAGAGCGGCCAAUCCAAAGUGCAACCAGUGGAUCCAACCUGCUCCCACUCCCAACGGGGAAACAAUGAAAAACCCUCCCCUCCCAUUAAACGACAAGUGGGACAGGGACAUACGCAAAGCACGGCAGGCAUGUGGCUCCGAGGCGCUGCCAGGGAAUGUGCAUCAGAGCGAGCAACAAUCAUGGGAACACCAGCUUUAUCUGCCGAGGAAGUGCACAACACAGAGUUUGCACGACAGCUCUGGAAGGAAGGUGCAGGUCAGGAGAGUGGACAACAUGGUAGAGGAUAGAUAUGAGUGA